CCGCCAAAUGCUGGAAGAUGGAUUUCGCGCGAAUUAUCAAAGCCUCCUUUGGCAGCCUAUCACAAAUGAAGCUGAGGUAGAUUCAAAAUGGUAGCAUCAGCACAGCAAUAAGGGAAUAACUGGAAGGAAGUGUAUUUAGGGACAACUACAAUUAGCAAAAGGAGAAAUGGAGCAGAAUGUGGGAAUUAGUUAAUAAGCCUAGCCCAACUGAUGACACUCUCAUAAACAUGGCAAGGGCACAAGACAGAGCAGUUGGUACAAUAUUUCAUCCAAAAACAUUCUUUUUGUCCCUGGAAACUCCAAUCAAUGCAAUAAGUACUAGUAGAGAUUUGACACAGAUUGCCGUUGCUGGUCGAAAUGUAUUUAAAAUUCUAGAUAUUCACGAAUCGCGGUUUACUGAAAAAAUCAAUCUCAGAGUUGGAAGAAUAAACCUAAAUUUCAGUAUAACAGAUGUUCUAUGGCACCAUCUGGAUGAAAAUACAAUUGCCACUGCUGCAGGUAACGGUGCAGUAAUCCUUUGGGACUUAAACAAGGCAUCAAAAACCAAGCAGGAUUUUGUGUUCUAUGAUCAUAAAAGAACUGUCAACAAAAUCUGUUUUCAUCCAACUGAUGCAAGCAUUCUUUUAAGUGGCUCACAAGAUGGUACAAUCAAUCAAUUUGACUUACGAAGAAAGUGUGUUACCCUAAAAUUUUUUGGAAGGGCGUCAGACAGCAUAAGAGAUGUACAGUUUAAUCCAUUUGACCGAAAUCUCUUUGCAGCGGCCUGUGAAAGUGGAAACAUACAACUGUGGGAUAUAAGAAGAACAGAUCAUUGCUUUUUUCAGUUUACUGGACACAAUGGGCCAGUAUUUUCACUUGACUGGCACCCCGAAGAUAGAAGUUGGCUUGGCACAGGUGGGAGAGAUAAGAUGAUAAAAGUAUGGAACACACAGAGCAAGGGAGUAUCAAUCUUUUGUGUGCCAACAAUUGCAGAGGUUGCCUGUGUAAGGUGGAGGCCAAAAGAGAAAUUUCACAUAUCAAGCUGUGCCCUUGUUGUUGAUCAUCAUGUGAGUGUUUGGGAUGUAAGAAGACCCUACAUUCCAAUGGCUGCUUUUACAGAACACCAGGAUGUGGCAACCGGAAUGAUCUGGCAUAAGGAUUCAGAUAUUCUGUAUUCUUGUUCAAAAGACGCUAACUUGUAUCAACAUGUUUUCCAUGAUGCGAUUCGACCUGCGGAGCAUGCUCCUCCUGUUGGGCUUGGUAUCAGUUGCUGGGGGGAUGUAGGCUUUGCCUGCUCGGAUCAGACGGACCAUACAGUCGAGCAAAAGAAAAAUCCCCCUAUUAGGCCAAUAUCACAAACUGCAACUACGACGCCUACAUUUUUCAAGAAAACAGCUUCUGCUGAAGAAGAUUUCAAGGCUGUGCACAGUACUAUUAGAAUGUUCAACUGUAAGGACAUUUUCAAUGAAUUAUCAUUAGGAAUACUUGCAAGAAGAUUUGUUACAUCUGGAAAAUCAUUUGCUGACAUGUGUGCUCAUAACGCCAAAGUAUGCCAGGAGCUCCAACUGUACCAAAAGGCCCAAAGUUGGCUAAUUCUCAAGCUUCUGCUAACAGAAGUAAAUGUAGAUUGUGACAACGUAAUGACGUCAAGCAAACGUACAUCUGCUUCUGAAAAUGCCAAUCGAAAUUCUUUGAUUGAUUCAACGGAUGGUUUUUUCGAUGAAAAUGCUAGUGAGAGCAAUGAUGGGGAUGUAUAUACUGACAUGAUCAAAGACAACGAGAUAGACCUAGCAAUCGGUGCAGAUCUGGAUGCAAUAUUUCAAGACGAACAGUUCGAUGGGCAGUUGUUUACAUCUGAGGUUAUCAAUGAGGACGGGCAAGAAUGGACACUGCCAAACGAAGCAUUUCAGCCAAGGCAUUCUAUUGGCGAAAAAUCAUUAGCCGUCGAUUACGGCCACUUACAAGAAUCAUCAUCGAGCCCUUCGGAACAAACAUCAUCAGAUAAACAGAAAUCAGGAUUUGCCGAUAGCAAUUUCCACUUUCAACGGUUCUCAAAAUUUCUGGCCAUUCCAGACUGGGACUUCAAGCCGUUGGUGAUUGAUAUGCUGCACUAUUUUGCUGAGCAAGGAGACGUACAAAUGGCUGUCACUGCUCUCUUGGUUCUCAAGAAUAAGAUUGGAGAUGAGAUCGACGUACGCAUCAAGGAAGAAUGGUUUCUGGCAUAUCUUGAGCUGCUAAGCCGAUUGAAACUGUGGACCAUUGCAACCAGAAUUAUCAAGCAGUCAGAUAUUCCCACUAUAAAUCUUCUGAAUCAAGAUUCUACGUUAAUCAAAACCUUAUGCGGUGGUUGCAAUAAGCCAGUCAAGUCUGGAAAAGGCUGGUAUUGUGAACGUUGUGAAAAGAAUACUGCAUUGUGCUCUAUCUGCCAUUUGCCGGUUAAGGGACUGUAUGCUUGGUGCCAAGGGUGCGGUCACGGUGGCCAUCUGAUGCAUGUCCAGAAUUGGAUUCAAAGUAAUCAGCAGUGUCCUGCCGGCUGCGGACACAGAUGUCAGUAUUCCUAGCUGACCAAAUUUCAUAAAUUUGCGAUAUUAAUUAACUCAGUCUUGCAAUAAGAUUGCCCAAAUUUCUAAAUUGCCGUUCGUAUGCUUUAUAUUAGAAUCAAAUCAACAACAAACAUUUUAAUUAUAUCAGCGA